UCAAAUGCGUCAAAUGCUUGAUCAGUUGAUGGGAACAGCAAGAAAUGGCGAAUCUGGCCGUUAUCAAGCAAAAUUUUCAGAUCAAAGAGUUUGUAAAAGUUUUUUGCUGGGAUGUUGUCCUCACGAAAUUUUAGCUUCCACGAAACAAGCAAUUUUACCAAUUAUAUUAAACAAAUUAUAAAAACAUUUAUUAUUUUUCCAAAAAAUAAUAAUAAUAAGCAAACUGUGAACACUUAAAAAAUUAUUGAUUAAAAUUGUUAGGAGUAGCAAUUGUAUUACGUAUGCUUAUAGGCAUAUAUGUGGUAGAUGUUACAAAGUUCGCUCUGGGGAGGAAAGAAAUCCAAUUCAGAACUUUUUGUACAGAAUCCUGUAAGUUGUUACUUUGUUCGGCUACUGCUACCUACUGUUUUUGCUAUGUACGAAACUCAGUCAAAAUAUAUCAGUUCAAAUAACAGUACCUGUAAGUAAAAUAAUAAUUAAAUUAUAUAUCGUCGAAUUUCUAAUAUUUUAAGUAUAUUUAAAUAUACAUACCCAUAUACAUAGAUUAAAAGGGAAGAAACAGGACAAGUACGUACGUAUAUUUUUAGUUUUUAAAUACAUAGUUAUAUUUGUUUAACAUUAGUAUUUUGAACUUUAAACUUACAAAACAUAUUUGAUUCGCUGAAAGUUUUCUAUGUCGUGACAAAAUCGCGAAUUUUGUUAGUAUGUAGUAUUAAAAUCAUACUCAAUCUUUUUGUAAAGUUCGAUAUAAAAAAGUGAAAAUUUUUUUCAAUUGUACGUUUUAGCAUUUGGUAAGUCCUUUCACUUGUAAUAUUAAAAUUAUGAAUAGUUUUUUUAAUGCAUUAUUUAACAGUUAUUUACUUUAAUGCUCUCUAGUUUAAAUUACAAUAAUUAAAUAUCAUGAAUUUUUCAGUUUAAUUAAUAAGUAAACACGUUGAAAUACUUUUUAUUUUACACUACGCGAAAUAAUUAUUGAAAAUAAAGUGUAAACAAAUAUAAUGUUAAAGGGAAGAAAAAUUGUUAUUUUUGAAGUUAAAAUAAUAUCUCAAUAUAUAUAUAAAAAUUCUCAAUUUAAUAAACUGAUAAAUAAUGCAUAUAAAAAAUAAGGAUUUAAGAAAAAUAGGUUUACAUAUUUGUAAUAGUCUAGAUUGCCUUAACUAUGUAUUUCUGGAUUCUUAUAGUUGGUACGUAUUUAAUAACAUCAAUAGCAAUUAAAAAAUUAAUGUAUAAGUUUAAUGGGAGCCGAACACUGUUAUUUUGGUACGUAUUAACGAUAUUGAAUGCAAAGUUGGUUUCCGUGUUUUAAGAAUUAUAAAUUGAAAAAUUGUGUUAAAAUUAAACAGUAUUAAAAAACCGAAAUGAAAGAAAUUUCAUGAACUUAAAAUUAUUACAAGAUUUUCUAAAAUUCAUCUAUCAAAUUUCGGCGAAUGGACCUUGGAGAAUGUCCGAAAAUUCAUGACCUCGCCCUGAGGGCUGAUUAUGAAAGUGCUCAAAAAGUAAAGGACUAUUAUUACGAUAUUGAUGCUAUGGAACAUCUACAAGCUUUCAUUGCUGAUUGUGAUCGGCGAACAGAAGCUGCUAAAAAACGUUUAGCCGAAACACAAGAGGAACUUACAGCGGAGGUUGCUGAAAAAGCAAAUGCCGUUCAUGCUUUGGCCGAAGAAAUUGGAAAAAAGUUAGCCAAAGCUGAGGCUUUAGGGGAAGCAGGACAGGUUGAAGAAUCAAUGAAAUUAAUGACUGAAAUCGAUGAAUUGCGAGCAAAAAAAUUUAAAGCUGAAUAUGAAUAUCGUUCUUCAAUGCCGGCAUCAACAUAUCAACAACAAAAAUUACGUGUUUGCGAAGUAUGUUCAGCGUAUUUGGGAAUACAUGAUAAUGACAUACGCCUUGCAGAUCAUUUUGGGGGUAAAUUGCAUUUAGGAUUUAUGGAAAUUCGUGAAAAACUGGCCGAAUUGGAAAAAACUGCAGCACCUAGAAAAGAGCUUUUAAAAAAAACUGGAAAUUAUCGUGAUCGUGAUGAAGAUCGUUUUAAAACCAGAUAUUAUGUUGGCGGGCGUGAAUUGGACCGUCGAUCCAGAGUACAUCGUUCGAAAUCACGUGACCGUGAAAGGAGCAAACGUGAUGGUGAAUCGAGUAGCAACGCCAAAAGAAAAUCGAAGUCGAAAACACGGAGUAGAAGUCGAAGUCGAAGUCGUAGUAAAAGUCAUCAUUCUCGAAGACGGUCAAGAUCAAAAGAACGCUCUUCUAAAUCAGACCGCCACGACCGUGAUCGACGAGAUAGAGAGAGAGAGCAUAAACGUCGUUAGAGUAACAUUUUUAAAAUAUUUUAGUUAAAUAAUUUUCUAAAUAUAAUGUACAUACAUAUAUAAUUUUUGGACUCAAAAAUGGUUUUUCGAAGCUCUCGUUACGACCUAUUUAGAAAUGAAUUAUUUCUUUUUUGUUAAAAAAAGUCAAUUUCAAAUAUUUAUCUUUAAAUCUGUUAGCCAUAGUUUUAAUUUUAUUUUUCUACACUCUAUGAUUUUUGAUUAAAAAAAAAACAAAUUUUUUCACUUCCCCUAAAACUAUAAUACAUUAAUCCAUUUUU